UUUAGUUAAUAUGUAUAUAUAGUAGAUAUAUAAAAUAUAUCUUAACCUUAAAAGUUAUAAAUAUUAUUAACACAAAAUGAAUCCAUUUUCACAAUCCAAAUUAACAUUAAAAUUAAAAAAGCAAACUAGUUCAAUAUCUACAGAUCAUACAAAGAAAUGUGAAAAUUCAGAAAUAAGUGAAUCUUUAAAUUCUAAAUGCUUAUUAAGUAACAGUGUAGCAUCUGAAAAUGAUAGUUUUGUUGAAAUAUUGCAUACACAAUCACAUAAUGAAAAAAAUCCCAUGUCCAAGACAUCUCUCUUAGAUCAAAAUAUAUCUAAUAAAAUAAACAAAAAUAAACAAUGUCCAAUUUGUUUUCAUAUGUUAGAUGAUAAAAGUUUUACUAAUCAUGUUAAAUCUUGUGCAGCAUCGCAUAAUUUGUCAUCAAAAAUACUUAUUGAAGCAUUGAAUCUUCAUGAACGUCAAGUUGCUGAAAGACUAGCAUUAGGAUUACCCAAAUGUAAUACAAAUCAAGAUAUAAAAAAAAAAAGAUGUCACAUUAAUAAGCAAUCAAAGUCAAAGAUUGGAAGUGAUUCUAAUUUGGACUUAGCUAUAGCUAUGUCGGUAUCACUCCAAGAAUCUAAAGAAGCUGAAAUUAUAAAAGAAUCUGAAACACUUUUAGAAGCUGGCUUAGAAGAAGAAGCAAUGUAUAAAAGAAAAACACUGGAAAAUUUUGGUUUUGUAUCAACACAACCUGUUAAAUCUAAAUCUAAAAUUUCUUCUAAAACAAAUUCAUUGUUGUUUAAACAAACUAAAGAAGAUCGUGAAAAGAGAAUUACUGAAAAAGUAGCAAUGAUUCUUAUUGAUUCUGAUAUUGAUACUUCAUUGUCUCAAACUCUUAUAAAUUAUAGUUCUACUUCAAAACUAGGAUCAACAUAUUUGAAUAAAAUAAGAAAUAUUGACAAUAAACUUUGGAAAAAAUCACUGCUUGAUACAAAAAGUGACAAAGAAUUUUAUGUGAGUAAUCUAUCAAAGUUCAUCAAACCUUGUGAAAUUAAUCAUUUUUUAGAAUCAAACACUGAUAACAAGGAACUCAUUGAUACAUUAAAUACAGUUAAAGAUAAUUUAAACUUAAAUAGUGUACCUAUUAAGUCUAAUAAUAUAAUUGAAAAGAAAAUAUUAUCUGACUAUUCUGCAAAAUGGAAAUCAAUGGUAGGCAAUCAAUUUAUGAGUGAUAUAACUGUAUUUGUCAAAGAUGAACAUAAAAUUCCAGCUCACUCUCUGGUGCUUUAUGUUCAGUGUCCUGAUAUAUUGGAUGAUGUUAUUAUAGAAGAAUCAGAUACAAGUAAAUCAAAAAAAAUGCUUAUGUGGUUAGAAUACUCAUAUGAAGCAACCUUAGCAUUCUUAAAAUUGAUUUAUUCUGGUCAGGAGUCAUCAGUUAGUCUUGAAAAUAGAAAAGAUUAUUUACUCUUGGGAACAAGGUAUAAUAUUGUCAUAGCUAUAAAUAAUGAUGAGAACCUUGAAUGGUUUUCUGAAGAACACUGUGAAACGUCAAAACGUAAGAAUGAAGACGGUGAUUCAACUAACUAUAAAAGAUAUAAAGCUUCUAGUCCUGAUAUGUUUACAUCAAAUGAUAUAAGUGUUGACAACUAUACAAAUACUAAUUUUUUAGGAAAAUUUGUGAAUGAUGAAAAAUCAUCAAGUGUUUUGAAAACUCAACAGUGGUUGGAUAGUUGUUACGGUAGUAGUUCUCAAAAUCAUUUAUCAUUCACAGAAAACUUAAACAUUGAUAUUCCACCACUAACUGUGUCAGCUGAAAAAAGUCCAAGCCAUUCUAUUCAUAGUGCUUUGACUGUGUGCUUACCAUUAAAUUCUCCAUCUAACUAUUCUGAUGUUGAUGAUCAUAAUAAUUAUCUACCACCUGAUAUUAGUAGUGCAUCACCUAAAUCAGUAUCAUCAAACGGAUCAAGUGUAAAAGCAAUAUUAGUAUUGAAUACAACCAAAGAUAUCCCUAGUACUUCAACACCUUUAGCAAAAAUAUCAACUCUAAAAAUUCCUAAGAAACAACCAGAAAUAAUUACAAUUAAUAGUGAUAGUGAUAGUGGAUCAGUUGAUAUGAUUUUGUCUAAUAACAUGAUAACAUAUCGGAAAAGUAACAUUUUUAAGAAAAAUUAUAGUACAUUUUUAUCAAAUUUUAAAACAACUAAUGAAAAAAAAAAUUUUAUUCCUAAACCAAUUAAUAUUAAUAUUGAUCAUGGAAAAAAUAUAGAUACCAUUGAGUUAAAUGAUGAUAGUUCAGAUUCAAUUCACUCUGCAUGUACAAAUGUUUUAUAUCAAGGAAACUUAAAUACAAAUCCAAUUCAACCUUUAGGUCGUGUUUCGUCUGCAUCAAAUCUCAGAACUGAUAUUAUUAAUAUUGAUGAUGAAAACAGUGUCUUUUCUGCUGCUACCAAUUUAUUGCACUUUAAUAAUAGUUUGAAUACCCAAGUAUUAUCUAAUAACAAUAAUAAUUUCAUAGACUUAGUGGAAGAUAGUUCAGAUUCGUUGUCUACAAUAAAUAGAACAGGCUUAUUUAAAGAUAAUGCUUUAUUAAAUCCCAUAUGUUUGAGUAAUGAUCAACAUAAUAAAAAUUCUACAUCAUUUUCAAAUGUAAAUAACUUUAAAAUGAAAACAUCUUGUCAAUUUAAUUUAAAAACUGAUAAUUUAACUCAAAAUCCAUCAUGUUCUACAUCUACUAUUACUAAUGUUAAAUCAGAUAAAAAUUUUGAUUUGGAUCCAGCAAAUUCUUCCAACAAUAGAAUUUUACCUGAGAGUAAUGAUAAUUUAAAAUAUCCUGGGCAAUCAUUUCAACUCAACAAUGUAUCAGAAUGUUUAAACAUUGUAAAUUAUACACCAUUAAAUGACAUAGAAAACAAUAGAAAAUAUUUGGAUGAAAAAAAUAAAUCACAUACAACUAGUUCAGCUUUUGGGCUAUUAGAAAAUACUAUAGAAAACAAAAGUUUAAAAUUAUUAUCAAGUAACCAUGGUGAUAUUCAUAAAACCUCAAUGGAAAUUGCUAAUUCUUAUGUAUCAGGUGAUUAUAUCAAUAAAUACACUUUAAUCAAUCCUAAUAAUAUUCAAGAUAAUCCUAAUGAAUUAUCUAGGAUAAAUAUUGCAUGCAAAAAAACUUUGUCGUAUGAAAAUGAACUUGAAAAAGAUCAAUCAAUUUUUGAACAAAUAAUUGAUGAUCCGUGGGUGAGUUAUUUGCAAUCAGUUGAUAAUAGUCCUCAAUAUAUUUUAUCAAACACUUUAAUGUCAACUAAUGAAUCAGAAGUACAAACACUUAAUGGAAAAAAUAUUCAUCCCACAUGUUUAAAUUUACAAAUAUCACCUACCACCAAUUCUAAUGGAUCUACAAUAAAUUACCAAAAUAAUAAUGCUUUGACGCCAAAUAAAUAUGAUAGUAGAAUGAACACUCCAAAAAGCUUACAUAGAAUUAUAUCAGAAUCUAUCAUAGGAUCUAAUGAACAAGUAACUCCGUUGCCAGAUUUCAGUUCUAUGGAAACUCCAGAUUUUAGAAAACAAUUUGAUCGUUAUGGUCUUAAAGAUCUUGGAAAAUCCAAAGGAAAAUUAUUAUUGAGGCAUAUUUAUAAUUUACUUCAUCCUUCAGUUGUUUCUGAGAUAGAUAAAUGGAACUUAGAGCUUGAAAGUUAUUCAGAUUCCUCAGAUAGUUCAGAACAUGGAAUUCCUGAUUAUGAAGAUGAAAAUGAUGACGAAUUAGAAACUUUUAGUCAAAUCAAUUUAUCAAACAAAACUUCAGUAGAAAUUGGUUUUAAACAAUUGCUCAAAGUCAAUGAAAGUCUUCAUAAAAAGAUUUUGUGUUAUGAACCUAUUUGGAUAGAAGAACUAAAAGAAGAGUUAAAACAAUUAAAUGUUAACAUAAGUUUACAAAAACUCACAACUUUUUUGGAUGAUAAAUGUAUUACAUUUCGUUCAAAGUCAAUUAAUGAUCAAAAACAAAAAACACUAGCAAAAAAAAACACUAAGAGAAAAAAAUUAUUUUAAUUUUAUUUAAAUUGUUGUUAAAUUUUUUUUUUUUUAUACAUAUAUAUUAUGUUCAGUAGAUUUGAAUUGUGUCAUUUUGGUAUUAUAAUAAUAUUAAUACUGAUUAAUUUUAUCAA